AUGACUGUCUCCAUAUCGUCUGUGGUGCGUGCGGAGCGCAAUGAUAACGUUUACACGGCCAAUGAGGAACAAAAUAAAACUCAGUCACGUUCAUGCACAGACAACCAAGCUUUGAUCUUCGACGUCGAUCCUUCGAUGUUCAUUCAUCCAGCUCUGCCGACUUCGAACAUUAUUUCAGUAGGACAGUUUCCGACCAACAUACCAGAUCCGAAACCAGGAACCUCACAAGAGCUAACAUUAUCGAUUCUAGGCCGUGGUGAUUCUAUCACAGGCUUGCAUGAUGAAAAUUUAUCUCAGCAAAGCAACCAAACUAUUAUCGAAACUGUGACUGAAGAGCAGGACGAACGCUUACCUGACGAGGAUGUGGAGAGCUACAGUCCGAAUGCCGUUGAUAAGAGAGGCCCCAGUACUGUAAUGGUACAGAAGAGCACUAAAAAAUUUGCAUCGACAGCACUGAAGUUCCAAUGCUUCCAAAUUAAUUGGAACAAGAUAAGCGACCACAUCAUUGGCCGCCUCCGAAGUUUGCAAAAGUUCAGUGGCGACAAUCCAGGUCAGUGUGCCCCUCUAUCCCUGCAACUGUCCAAAACAGAUUGGAGUGGCAUAACGAACUCCAUUGUUGAUCAACUACGAUCAAUUGAUACCGAAAUUCAGGCAAGCACAAUGGAAAAAGUUGCUAAGGACAUUGUUGGCAAAUACCCAUGCCUGAACUUCCUGGACGAUGAUGGUUAUGGAAAAUCACAAGCCUAUGUUUGGAUCAAACAUAAAAUGCUGAAUAGAAACUCCUAUCUCAACCGGUUCAAGCAGGAUAACGGCCAAGAAAAAACCAAUAGCGAUGUUCGCCGAAAUCGCAACGUACGUGCUGGCACGGAUAAGGCAUAUUGGGAGAAAUCAAGCAAGGAGUGCUCUAAGGAAAUUCUAUCGAUACUGGCAAGGAACGAACCCGAAACACUCACGCAGGAGUUUUUGCAAGCGUCUCAAUCAUAUGUUCGCUAUCGACUCGAUGAAGCUAAACCGCUGAAGGAUGUGCUGAAUGGUUUCCCGGUGUUGCGACGAAAACUUCUGCUGGAGUAUCAUUUCGAGAGUGCAACAGGAGCAUCGGCAAAAUCACUGGCGCAAUACUUCGCAGCAAAACGUUCUAAACUGAUCGAUUAUUCCAAAACGCAAAAGAAGGCGAUUCAUUUGGAUGCAACAUCUUCGGAUGUCGAUGUAUUCAGAUUCCUGUGCUCGUUGCUGCGAGAAAAGCUCGAGGACGUCAUAAUAUCGAAAGAGAUCGGCACGAAGCUUGAUGGCAUUUCCACCGACUGUUCCGGACCUGUACUUGUUGCCAUAGAUCUUGGAAACGAGAAACGGGUGUACUACGUUUUCGCUGAACAGGUACGCCUGACCGAAGGCGUGGAAAAUGUCGUUGCAGCAAUAUCGGAUCUUGUAUGUGUGCACUACGUACAUAAUUUCAUGUAUAUGCGUCAAAUCUCAAAAUUUUUGGAGUUCGUGCAAGAGUAUUUUUUCAAAAUUCUGCCUGUGACAGGUUCAAAAUCCAGUGCCACACGAAAGGGCCAACAGCAGCGGGUUGUUACGAGAGUGAUAAAAUCCGUUGCAGAGUACUGUGCGCAAUAGUUACAUGAACAGGAGCGCUUUUCUAUGGCUAGGUGUGAGAGUGUGAAGAAUGUGAAGAUACAUUUUGGUUCGCGGAGAAUAUACCGCACAAAAGCGGUUCGUUAUGUAAAUGU